CGAUCUGGAGCUGCGGACGGUUUUAGUUAAAUGUGACCCGAUUUCGCGAACAUAAUGGCGAUUACGUUGAAACUGUCGAAAUCGGAGGACGCCACCCCAUGGGGUUUCAGGCUGGUAGGGGGUUUGGAGUUCGACCAGCCCAUCGUUGUGGUGAAGGUAAAUGCUGAUAGCCUUGCGGAAUCUGCAGGUCUAGAAGUAGGAGACAUAAUCGUGAGAAUAAAUGAUACUUCAACAGCGGGAUUGACGCACAACGAAGUUCACGACUUGCUUCUCUCGGCAGGCCUUGAAUUUGAACUUGGUAUUCGAAGGGGAGAAAUCACCACAAGGAUAAUCACUGAUGAAGAUUACGAUGUAGAAGAAUCUAACGCUAUUAGGAAAGUCAUCGAAGAAGACGUUUUAAAUGAAGCCAUUACUAUAAUAAAUAACAUGAAAAACUCCAUAGAUAGUUCUAGGGAGAAAUCUACCCAUAUUAUUACUGAAAACUUAGCAGGUCAAGAAGAAAUCAUCAAUACUGUUACAUUUCAAUCAACCUCGGCAGUUAAAAAGGGAAGCAAGUGGUCCACAUUCCUGAUCAAACCAGACAAACCAAUACCAAAUCCGAAGAAAAAAGUGCAGGAAAAACCGAAGGACGAACCGUACCGAGUUGUGAUAAAGAAACAAACUCGGAGACCUUCCCAGGAGAAAAGAGUUCAAUUUGAUCAAAACGUAACAGAGCUGGAGGUGGACUUUGAAGACGACGAAACUCAUGAGACCACUCACGAGGACACGAGACAACUAGAAACUGUAGAAGUAAAGUUGAAGGCGUCCGAAAACGAAGAAAUAACCAUCGAAGAAACAGAUUCGAACUACGAUUACGAGGCCGAAGCUACCGAAGAAGAGAUUCAAAGAGAGUGUUCCGAUACUGGAAGCUUAAGAGACUCAGUAGAAAUAGAUCGCGAACGCUUGGAAAGUUUCAAAUCCGUGGAGGACAUGGAAAUCAAACCUUCCCUGGAGGAACAGUUGCUCGCGGUGCAGAAACAAUUGCAGGCGUUAUCGCAGCUACCUUCUGCGAUCCAGGUGACCUUGGACGCCGUUUCGAAGCAACUUGCCAACAUCGUUGGCGCGAGAGAAAGCGCGGAACGUAACGGAGAACACACUUCGAGCAGUAAGGAUGAAGAAGAACCCCAAACAGAAGAAGAAUUUCUUGAAGACACUUCGGUGUCGGAGAAAGCGGAAGCGGAGUUGCUGCGAGAGGAUUCAGAUGGAAAUUCCAGCAUCGCGGAAGAUUUGGAGGAAGAUCAAAUUCAGGAUCAAGAAGAGAGGGAUGUCGAAGGAGAAGAAGUUGAAGAUGUAGAAGAACUUGAACCGAGUCCGUAUGCUGGCUUGACGGAGGAAGAGAGGGAGGCUCAAAUCAAGAAGGAAGAACUAGAGGCUAAGAGACAGAAGACGAUGGAGGAACGCCCUUUGAAACCCAUCCAGAGGCCCAUAAUACUGCCUGGCGGUAGGAAGUGGUCUAAUCCAGAAGACGCCAUACCCACUUUUCGAAAGCCAAAAAUGUCCGACGAAAAAAUAAUUGAGACGAUCGAAAGCAACCUUGAAGUUAUCAUUGGGAACAGAAAAGGCAUCAACUUUUUGAAGUACCAACCGCCACCGAAGAAUUUAGACUACCUGCAGAGAUCUGAGGUCUACAGGCUGGUACACGACAUGGAACCUCCAGUAAGGGGAAUUACUUCCAGGGCAGAAAAAGUCCUUGCUGAGCAGGAUUACUAUGCGGCGACAAUGGAGGCCCCUUAACUAAUAAUACAUCGAUCUGUUUUUGUUAUAUUGCGUGAAAAUAAAUGUUUG